AGCCUCACCAGCUAUCUCACGGUACACAGAGCCUCACCAGCCAUCUCACGGUACACAGAGCCUCACCAACCAUCUCACGGUACACAGAGCCACCCACCAUCUCCUGCACACAGAGCCUCACCAGCCAUCUCACGGUACACAAGCCUCACCAGCCAUCUCACGGUACACAGAGCCUCCAACCAUCUCACGGUACCAGAGGCCUCACCAGCCAUCUGGCGGUACCAGAGCCUCACCAACCAUCUCACGGUUCAGGGCCUCACCAACCAUCCACGAUCACAGAGCCUCACCAGCCAUCUCCACGGUACACAGCCUCACCAACCAUCUCACGGUACAGAGCCUCACCAACCAUCUCACGUACACAGAGCCUCACCAACCAUCUCCUGACCAGGGCCUCAGCCCAUCUCACGGUUCACAGAGCCUCACCAACCAUCUCCCACGGUACUCAGAGCCUCACCAACCAUCUCCACGGUACACAAGCCUCACCAGCCAUCUCACGGUACACAGAGCCUCACCAGCCAUCUCACGGUACACAGAGCCUCACCAGCCAUCUCCACCGUACACAGAGCCUCACCAACCAUCUCACGGUACACAGAGCCUCACCAGCCAUCUCCACGGUACAGAGCCUCACCAGCAUCUCACGGUACAGAGCCUCACCAACCAUCUCACGGUACACAGAGCCUCACCAACCAUCUCACGGUACACAGAGCCUCAGCUCCAUCUCACGGUACACAGAGCCUCACCAGCUAUCUCCUGUACCAGAGCCUCACCAACCAUCUCCGGUACACAGAGCCUCACCAACAUCUCACGGUACCAGAGCCUCACAACCAUCUCACGGUACACAGAGCCUCACCAACCAUCUCACAUUACCAGAGCCUCACCAGCACUCUCAAUAACCAGCUGCUCUCUUGGAUCAAUAUAG